UUGAAGGCUCAUUCAGUAGUCGGUUGUCGUAGAGAUCAGUCGCGUAGCAAAUAUUCCAAAUUUAAAUUGUAGACUUUUGUAAUCAAAUCAGUUUUGAAGCUUUGAGAAGUGAUGUUGAUUAGUGUAGUUCUGUGAUAGUAGAAUUCGCGUUAUGCACGCAAUGAGUGAUCCGGCUGCUUUGGCAGGAAUGUUACCGUUCGACUCUAUCGGAUUAUACGAGCAGCCGAAGCCGCGGUUCAUCUUCAAAAUGCCGCGCGUCGUUCCGGAUCAGAAAGCAAAGUUCGAAUCUGAUGACUUGUUUAAAAGACUGAGUCGAGAAAGCGAGGUGAGGUACACGGGCUACCGCGACCGGCCGCCCGAGGAGCGCCAGAUGCGCUUCACCAGCGGCUGCCGCGAGGGCCACACCGAGAUCGCCUUCACGGGCACCGGCACCAACCUGCAGCUCGUGUUCGACCACUCGCCAUACAACAAUCGCGGCUGCGACUUUCAGAAGGAAUCCGGAAAGGCACACAUCGUAUCCCGAUUUAUCAUGAACGGCGUGUGCGUGCGGUGGCGGGGCUGGAUCGACCUGGAGCGGUUGGACGGCGCGGGUUGCUUGGAGCUGGACGAAGAGCGCGCGGCAAUUGAAGAUGCAGCAUUGAGAGACCAAAUCGAACGGUAUAACCAACGGUUGAGGGAUUUUGAAGACAAGCAGCGCGCGUACAGAGAGCACGGCGAGGAGCUGCGCGCUCACUCGCAAGUCCACGCCCAGCGCUGCCACCAGGCGCGCCAGCCGCCGCACCCCAGCCACCCGGCGCAUCCUCAUGCAACCCAUCCUGUCCAUAUAAAGCCUCACUCUCAAGGCGCUCUUAUUUCUUAAGGCUACGCUCAAAAACUACGAUAUCAGUAACCAGAUAUCUCUUAAUUUUGUUAACUCAUAUUAAUAAUUAAUCUAUUGAUUCCAAAGCAUUUACAAAUUAUCGUAGGUAUUUGAUUACUUUACUAACCCACUAUUUUAUACUAAGUACACAGCACUGUAGCAAUACUGCGUCGAUUACUUGGAAAGAAACUGCAUUAAAAAACUAGGUUUAGUAAAAAUAAAGUCUUAUCGCAAUUUAUAUGUAGAAAAAUGUAUUAAAACUUGUAUGUGUAAGUUUCUACUGCAUGGAAAGGAAAGUAGAAUUAUUAAUUAAAAAGUCAAGUAAAGAAAAUUACUAGAAAAAUUAUAAAAAAAUAUAUACAAUCGAGGGGCAAUGUUAAUUAAAUAAACUCAAAUAAGUUAUGUAUCUAUUGGUAAGUUUAGAAUGGCUAUAAAGCAAAAAUAUUGAACAUUUAUAUAUAUUACUUUGACCUACCUAUUUACCAAUCUAAAGAAUACCUAUGGGUAUAUAGUUACUUAAGUAUCUACUGUCACUCGUAAUAGACACUUGUUAAGAAUGGCCAUUUACUAAUCGUCUUUAACAUUUAGAAGAAUUUUAAUAGUCUACUUAAUAAUUAAAAUGAUCGUAGGCACCUUUACGAAGACAAAUACUAUCACAUCACAUCUUAAUCUAACAUCUGUGCAGUAGAUAAUUUAAAACAAUUCUAUAAGUAGGUAUACAUAUAAGAGUAAUAAAUAAGAAAGUCGUUGAUGUCUUUUUAUAAGUCGUAUGUCUAUAUCUACGAAGAAGAGCGAAAACCUGUGAUAACAAGACAUUUGUGAUUUUAUAAAGCUGAAACGGUUAGCCAUUCAUCCUAUACCAAAAGCAAGUACGGUUGCCAAUAAUGGACUAUGUUGAUUAGUACCUAUUAAUAUGGUAGCUUACUCCAUGUUUACUACGGUAGUUACCUAUGGGAGGAGCAUGUGCUAACAAACUUACACCUUUUAUAAACUGACGAAAGUCUGGCUAUCACUCUUAAAUCUUAAAUCUCAUCAUCCGCAUUAUAAAUAUUUAUAGUAGAUAAGUAUACUGAAAUACUUAAUUUAUGUGUAUAGAACCACACAUAUGUUAAUAACUUCAUAUUGUACGAGUAGGUACGUAGGUUUCAUUUCAAUUCUGUUUAUAAUCUCGUAUAUAAGUUUCUUAAAUAUGAGUAGGAAAAUAUUAAAAUGUAGCCACAUUUCCACCACUUCAAGCUAUGAGUUUAAGCUAUAAAGCGUUUCUAUUGAUUCAGGUACAAAAAUGAGUAUAAAUUCCCGUAUAGCUGAAGUGUGAAAUAAGCAUUCAAAGUCAGGCCCAUGAAAUCAUGUUUAUAUAUCUUGAUAUUGGGUAUGUCUUGUUAUUUACUUUUAAGUUUCUUUUUUAAUAUUUUAUAUUGUAAAUAAAUAGGAGUAUUACGUGUACAUGCAAAUAUUGUGAUAAUAAGAAUGUAAAUAAAUCUUUACUAUUUCUUUUGAA